UUCAGGUGUAAAAGUAUGCUCAACUUUUUUCAUGUUCUCAAAUUUGUUUUGAAGCAACACAAUGGAGCUUAAAAAAAUCUGUCGGGAGGACAGGUGAGCUCCUCCCUCCUCACGCCGGCUCACCUGUGCCACAGACGCACAGGUGGCUCCUGUGUUCGGCUGCGCGCUCGGCUAUGUGCUUCAUUGACUGGUUUUAUUGUUAUCGGCACGGAAUGUAGACGUCUGUGAAAGAUGGAGGGACGCACUGUGAUGUCGGCUGGGCAGAUCCGAGGCAGCAGCAACACUUCCCUCUCUGGUUUAAUUGCUUUUUGCAUCGACUCGGCCACCGCGUGUUUGUCCCCCGACGCGGACAAACUUUGCGUCCCCGUCGACCUCAGCGCUCUUUCUGCGCUGCUCUUAUUGCUGUCAUGUCUUGUGCUAAUGUAUCAGAGGUGCAGAUACUGUGGAGAGCAGCCAGGAGAAGCGGCGAUCUGUCUCUACUGCCUCCUCGGGAACCUGUGCAGCACUGUCGGGGCCCUUCUGUCCAGGCAGCUGGCUCUUCAGGUUGUGAUGAGUGCUUUUGCUGCUGCUGUGGAUGUUGUGAAUUUCAUUUCCAUCCUCCUCCCACUUUGCCUGUGCUGGAACUCUAAAGCAGAGAGGAUGCGCAGGGUGAUGAGGAGGCGGAGGAGGCAGCACCUCCUUGCAGUGUGUGUGCUGAUAGUGCUGGGGAGGGGGCUCCUCACUCUCAGGGUGGACCACAGCCCAUCAGACGGGCCGCUCACUGGGAGGAGACUGCUGCAUGCCCCGCUCCAAGACAACAUUGAAGUUCUGGGUUACACACUUGGCCUGCUUUCCUUUGUCAUAGCCUGCACCUCCAAGUUCCCUGCACUCUCCAGAGCACGUAGAGGAGAGAUGGUGACAAGUUCUCCUGUGAUGUGUGGAGUGCUGUGUUUUGCAGCUGGUGUCCUCUAUGCCUCCGCCAUACUGCUCUACAGCACUCAGUUUGACUUUGUGCUAAGGGUCCUGCCUUGGCUGCUGUCGGCAAUAUGCUGCGCCACGUUGGAACUUCUUAUUCUAGUCACCUAUUGGUGCAGGAGAGGAAGCAGGCAGCAUCCUUCGAGGCUUUCACCUGACACAGAGAGCCUCUUAUGCAAACACAGCCCUGCCAUGAAGAGAGAGACACAACAGCUAAGAAAUACCAAGAAAAUGAUUGAGAUGGGUCAUUACAUGGAUGUCAAUGUUCAGCGUGCAAGAAAAGUAUGUCUGAAGGAGGUGACGGUGACCAGGGAGGGGGCAUUGGAGAACCAGCCUCUGAAGAGGACAGUGCGAGUGGUCAGGGUGGACGGCAUCUCUUCAGAUUCCUCCUGUGACUCCUCCUCAGUCACCUCUGAUCUGGAGUGGGAUUUCGAGGAGGCAAAUGCAGAGUGGAGCGAAGCGUCUGCCAAACAAGAGAAAGGGGACGAGUUUCCCCUGCAGGAGUGGCCAGAGAACCCCAAACCCUUUGGCAUCUGCUCUUCUGGCAUGUCUCAGCUCCCAGGAGAGAUGACUGUGCCUGGUGAAGUGGGCAGCUGUGGCUCUGUUACAGACAUGGCUCAGUGACAAAGAAAUCUCAUUUUUGUAAAGCGAUAUUGUGUUUGUGAUCCAUGCUUGAAUUUGAAAGGUAAUAAAAACUACAAACACUUA